ACGCCAAAGGCACGUCUUGAAUCAUAUAGACCUAAAUGAAAUUUUUUCUGCAAGUCGAAUGAAAUUGCCUAUUUUUUUAAUUUUUGAAACAUACACCUAAAAUUCAAUUUGAUCUUUAAAAAAUUAUAUAAAAAACGAACCAGCUUAAAACAUCGAGGACAGACAUCUCUUAAUUGGUCUUCCAGCUUAAAACCCUCUCUGAAUUUUUUCAAGAGCCUUCAUCUUCUCCACAUGGCUGACCCCUUUAGAUCGAGAGAAGGAUUGAGCACGAGAUCGGCGGCUUACGACAGCAGCUCGCACGAGGUUCAGGUGCGGAUCGAUCCGGAUUUUGAUGAGGAGGUCUCCGGUCUUCGAAAGCAAGUCCGACGGCUGCGUGAUGUAGCUCAAGAAAUUGAGACAGAAGCAAAGUUUCAAAAUGAUUUCCUCAAUCAGCUGCAAAUGACGUUGAUCAAAGCUCAGGCAGGGGUGAAAAACAACAUGAGGAGACUGAACAAGAGCAUCAUCUGGGAAGGGUCGAGCCAUGUCAUGCACGUCGUUCUCUUUGGGCUUUUGUUAUUCUUUGUCGUAUACUUGUGGUCCAAAUUUUCCAAAUGAUUAGUACACAGCCAUGUGUUUGUUGUGCUUCAACACUACUAAUAUGUUGAAUUUAAGACACAAUUUGUUGUUACCGAGUGCUGUGAAAAUCCUUAUAUAUGUAUUUGUAAAUAACUUGUUGCUUGGCAAAGUAGAAAUUGCUUCAAAGUCCAACCUUCUUUUCCCAUCUUUGUUAUUGUAAUUUGGGAUAGUCAUAAUUGUGGGUUUUGCGUUCUCCAAACAAUUUUAAAUCAAUUACAAAGUAAGUAGUUU